UGUCCUUCCCCAAUACGACCUUGGUGCUCUCCGAUUCUCUGGUCACUGGGGAUGCAAUCGCCGGGUCAGGGACUGCCUAUAGUGAGACAUACCUUCCCAUCGACAGAUGGCUCUUCACUCACAGAGAAGUCGAACGCGAAGCAGAGUUCGAGACCUUCGUCUCCCUCGCGAGCUGAGUAUUCGUCAUCACCCGGCCUGGCUGAUCUGAAGAUGUUGUAAAGACUGUCUUCCUGUCAUCUUUAAUAUUUAAUCUAUUCCGCCCUACCGGUUCCAGAGACUGUCUCGAGUCUAUCGUCAACCGCACUACUAUUCGUUUACACUACACCCCGCGAAACAAUCUAUACACCAGCCUCCAUGUCUCCAACGGCUCCCAUGUUGGCGCAGAGCGAGUCCAAAGUCAUGUUCUUUUCUCGCCUUGGUCUCGACGAGCGGAACAAGACGCAUCGACAUAUUUACUCCCAGAUGAAGGAAGAGGCAGCAGGCGGAUGGAAACGCAUGACAGCCACACGAGAAUCACUAGCUUCUCAAUACAAGAAUGAUCUUUCGAUCCAAGCACCAUACACCUUCAACCAGAUCGAUGAGAGAGUCAUUCAGCUUGAGAUCCUUGCCAUUCAUCGAAGAGCACGAAGUCAAACAAGAUUAAUAUACGAUCUUGGACGGGAUUUCUACGAUGGCCACGAGGAGAACUGGAUUAUCAGAUGGCUGCUAUGGUGAGUCCAUGUCUCAAUCCUCUCCAACUAGCACACUGUGCUCACCAUCGCCAGGCAUGUCUUCCGAUACCGUGACGAUCGUAACUCGACCAGCCGCCGCAUGGCAAGGUCGUGCGCCGGGUCAGGGAGUCCGAGCUCACUGUCAUCAUUCUCG